CUUGUUCUCCGAGUGCUUCAGCAUAAAAGUCAGUUCGAGGUUCAUAACGAGUUAUCCCGAGAAAAAUUCCAGUAAAUGUGUAAAUUUAUUUUGGUUGGAGAUAAGUAAAUACAAAGUGCGAAAGAUGUUUAUUAAAGAUGUCACCAAUCAAUUGGGGAACAAUAAGCAACCCCUUUCCCCUGGCAUAAAGAUAGCACCAUAUGUGGCAGCCGUGAAGCGAGGAUCCUAUGCGCUAACAAAUCCCGUAUACAGCAACCAGGAGGUGGAGGACAUCAACUCCAAGGUUCACAGCCAUACGUUCAACAUCAAUAUGACGUCAUCAAAUGCCAAUCACAAGUAUCAUCAGCGGGCAAUUGCGGUGCCCAUUUCCAGAUCACAGUUAACCAAGACGAAAUCUCGCUCCAACCUGGGUAUGAAUGAGCAGCGAGAUCUGUAUCGUCAGCAUCGCGAUCGUCUGGCGAAUAUCAAAGGCAAGGUGAACACUUGCCUGCCACCGCCAAAGAUGAAGAUCAGGGAGGGCAACUGCAUGGAGUUGUCUUACAUGGAGAUGCUAACUGCACUCUAUCGCAAAAGCAACAAUACCUUGAGAACAUUCACCAAAUCGCCAGAUCGCCUGGCUGCCGGUCGAUGGAGGAACACUAGCUUGGCCCGGGAUAAAGAGCGCAAGCAACAGGAGAAGAAUAAAAAGUUUCAUCCGGGUGGCAAACUCUUCGAUCCGCAUGUGGGCAAACAGCGUCGCUGUAAGCCCUCGGUGGCCAAGACAUUUAGCUAUGAGGUGCCGCUGCAUGUACUCCAUCGUUACGAGGAUCUGAUGGACAUCUGUGAUGUGGGUGUGCUGUGCAAGCUACUGCGUCCGCAGAUCUAUUUGGAUCUGGAGGUGCUCGGCACUCGCAUCGAGGGUCGCCUAAUCAUACAGCUCUUCACGGAGGCCUGUCCCAAGGUGGUAUUGGAAUUCAUGCGCGUCUGCACCCGACAAAACUCAAAGAACAUUCGCUUCACUCGCACCUUUGCCCCGAUUUGGCUGGAGGGACAGAUUGCACUCGAUACCGAGCGCAUGCUUGAUAUGAGCAACAUCGAGCACGACUUCGAGGUGCUCAAUCAUGGCGUCGAUGCGGGUAUACUCUCCUUUCCCAGUCGCUAUGUACGUGGAAAUUCUCGCACCGAUCUCAAUUUUACCCUCAGUUUUAAGCCACUUUCGAUUUUGAAUGGCAAGCGAAUUGCCUUUGGCAAGGUCCGCAAAGGACUACAGCUGCUGGAAAGGAUUCACGAUGCUACCGCGCACUUGGCCAAGCGACAUAACCUGCUUGUCAUAAGAGACUGUGGUGUUCUUUAAUAAAAAAAAUAACCCUCGAAGUCCCUCGUAUUGAAAUGACAUUUUGCAAAGUAGUUGGGAAAUUUGUACAUAUUUUCAACUAGCUCAAAUAUAAAAUUGAAUGUAAUGUAA